AUGAGGUUUGUCCAAUAUAUCCCGACUGGAAUUCCAAACGAAGACGGUGAGUUCCCAGGAAGGAACUAUACAGUUGGAAAAGUCAUACAACAACUGUAUGAUAUUAGGAAAGCUUCAAACCCCAAACUUGCAAUGACACUCAAAUUGCUUAUGAAUUCGACAUGGGGAUAUUCCAUAAAGAAACCUCAAGAGAUGAAGAGUAAACAUUAUGAGAAGGUCGACAACUUUGUUGAAAGGUUUUCUCCUUUUGUUUUGAAGUACGAAUUCACUCAAGGUCAAAGUGGCUUAGUAACCACAUUAAAACCUAUUGUCGAACAUUGGUCUUACCCUCAGUUCGCAAAAGCAGUCCUUGACAACUACAACAAAUUCUUCUCCGAAGUCAAAUCGAAAGUUGUGGUUUACUAUGAGAACAUUGACGCACUCAUGACGAACGAAGAAGGCUAUAACAAACUCAUUGAAAUGGGUUUAGUCAGUGAAAAGAUGGGUCAAUUCAAAUUGGACAAAAUUUUCACCGAAGUUCAUGUCCUCUCCAAGCGUAAGUACUGGGGCAUACUUGAAGACGGCACAGAAAUAAAACAUUGCAUGAAGUAA